UCCCUCGUUUCCUUCCCAUUUGCUCUCCCAUUAAUUUCCUCCUCUUCGGCUCCCUUUCUCCACCAAAUAAACCCCCGAAAAGGAGGAGAGAGGCGAGCCCCGGAGGAAGCUAGGGUUAGGGUUCCCGCUCCGCCGUCGCUUGGGCGAGUGGCGAGAUGGCUGCCCCUGCCGGCGCCCCCUCCCCCUCCCCGUCGCCGUUCCUGGAGUUCGUCAAGGGCCCCUCCGGCCUCGAGAAGGUCCUGCUCCGCGGCGCGCGCAACUGCUCUGCCGAGGUCUGUCUUUAUGGAGGUCAAGUAACUUCUUGGAAGAAUGACCAUGGGGAAGAGUUGCUUUUUGUCAGCAGCAAGGCUAUUUUCAAACCUCCAAAGGCCAUUCGUGGUGGUAUACCCAUUUGUUUUCCCCAAUUUGGAACACAUGGAAAUCUUGAACAACAUGGAUUUGCAAGGAAUCGAUUUUGGACUAUUGAUAAAAAUCCACCUCCUUUACCAGUAAACCCUGCUAUUAAAGCUUUUGUUGAUCUGAUUCUGAAGCCUUCCGAAGAGGAUUUGAAGAUCUGGCCUCACAGUUUUGAGUUUCGCUUGAGAGUUGCUCUUGGACCUGCUGGAGAUUUGAGUCUGACAUCUCGAAUCAGGAAUACUAACACUGAUGGAAGACCUUUCUCUUUUACAUUUGCAUACCGCACAUACUUCUCUGUCUCUGACAUAAGUGAGGUGCGUGUUGAAGGGCUGGAAACAAUGGACUACCUUGACAAUUUGAAGGCGAAGGAGCGUUUCACAGAGCAAGGGGAUGCUAUUGUAUUUGAAUCAGAAGUUGAUAAAGUAUAUCUUGCCGCACCCCCAAAAAUUGCAAUCAUUGAUCAUGAGAAGAAGAGGACAUUUGUCUUGACAAAAGAAGGGCUUCCAGAUGCUGUUGUUUGGAAUCCUUGGGAUAAGAAGGCAAAAGCUAUGCAAGAUUUUGGGGAUGGAGAGUACAAGUACAUGCUGUGCGUGGAGCCUGCAGCUGUUGAGAAGCCUAUUACCCUGAAGCCUGGUGAAGAGUGGAAAGGAAGACUGGUGCUCUCAGCUGUUCCUUCCAGUUACUGUAGCGGGCAGUUAGAUCCAUUAAAGGUCCUUCAUGGUUGAGAAUCCUUACUUCCUGCGUCUUGUACAGGAGAACUUCAUUGCCCUUACUAUUUGAUGUUGGGCUGGCGUCAACGCCGCUUCGACCUUUCUUCUGUCACCAUUUUCAUCCUCCAUAUUUCUGUCUUUUUUUUGUAUCUAGAAUUGUGUGGUAGGUUUCUUCCGAAUAACAGACCGUGCCGGCUGCUUUUGGACAAAUACUAGCAUCCGUGCUGUAGUUUCAUGACUCGUCGGGCCAUACUGAGAGAUUAUUGCCGUGCCGUGAAAAUUCCUUACCGUUUGUUUGGUGCUGCCUUUACUGUUGAUAUGUAGCUGUGUUGGGAGCUGGGUACUCAACUUGCUUGUGGAAGACGGCAUGGAGUAGAAUCGUUUCUGGCUGUUCAUGUCUUGACUCAGGAUUUGAUCGUGUUUUAUGCUGCUGUUAGCACUAUGAAUAUUCGUGAGAACAAUUGUCUGAGUGAUUUUCUGGGACAAAAUUACCGCAUCAGUUUGAGGAAUUGCUCUGUUCCUCGCAAAUUUCAUGUUAGAAGAUUUUCGACGGUGGUGGGUUGGGUUGUCGCAGGGGCGAUAAGAUAAGUUAGUGUGUGGUUCUUGAGACCGGUAGCCGAGGACUGUUAUUUCAUAUAUAUCUAUGCUUGUUUACUUAGAAGUGGUGCUGGUCCAAUGGUACCAGCGAACAAGUGGCUAUUUUCUUCCUUU